AUGCGACGCGAACCAAAGAAACGGGGCAUGCGACAGCUCCGCCUUGGCUUCACGGUGGAUAAACACCAGCUCACGCUUCUAGGCUUCAAUUCCAAGGCUCCACCUAUUCAUCAUGAAGGCGAUCCAGUCAUCCUGGCCCAAAUGCCAUUCGGCGAUUUUUCUUCCGAGGAGCUCUAUCUCGUCCUAAAUCCGCCAUUCCGGAUCCUUGAAUUUCCCGAAGAGCUAGUCAACGAGAUCGUCGUGUUAGCCUGCUCUGAGUACAUGAGUCAAGCGAAGAGCAUGUUUGUGCCUAGGCGACGACCUCACCCGACUGCUCUAUCUCUAUCGCUUGUGUGCAAGACCUUUCAUCGCCUGGUCGCUCCGGUCCUAUACUCCUCUCUCAACUUGUGGGUAGCUCCCAACGAUAAAACCCCCUUCAGAAAACGACAUCAACAACUCUUUCAGAUGCUUCAGAAAAAUCAUUCUCUUGCGCGUUGUUGUAAGGAGCUAGAACUUCAACUAUAUGACUCCUGGCGUCCGAAUGUAAAUUACGAGCCCGAAGAUUUCCCAUCAAUCAGAUUGUGUCACUGCAGCAGUCGACAUGUAAAAGAGUGCGUGUGGGAAGGCAUCAAAUCCACGCUUGCACCCUUGUUCCGGGUCGAGUCGCUCACCCUCACUUUCAGUCAAACACCACUAUGCCUUCAAUCGCUAUGUGAGACCCUUACUCCCGUGCGGCAGCUGAAGAAACUGAAACUGGGGGAAUCAUGGAAACUCACCGAAUUUCCCAAGGAAUUCGAAGGCGCAGCAGCUCUCAUUUCAAUUGAUCUAGAAGUUGUGUACGGCGAUUUCGAGAGCCUCGCAGGCUUGCUGACGUGGCCAGCUAGGCUCGAACAUUUCGCUCUCGACGGCAAUUGCUACUUUUCGCGGGAUGUAGACCUCGCCACCAUUCGAUCGGCUCUCUUACCACAUCGCGACUCCCUGAAAUCUUUGGCCAUGGGCAACUACAACUCAGCACGCCCAAUCAACGUCUCCGACUUUGCGAACCUCGAAGCUCUCUGGCUAUCCACCCGCACUCUGACUGUCGAGUGGGCCCCAGAAGAGGUGUGCGGGAACGUCCUCUCUGCGCCACGCCUCCGGAAGCUAGGUUGGUUCUUCUGGCCGUUGGAUGACGAAGGCUACCCGCUAUCGACAUGCCGCGACUUUGGACCGGAACAGGCGGAAUGGUUGAGCCGUGUGGUUCGGCUCGCACAUGCCGAGGAAACCGCCCUUCGCGAGGUCGAGAUUAUCUAUCAGCCAGUUUUGAUCAACUGCCGAAGAGAGGAAGCGCAGGCCCCCUUGGAUCUUUUGGAUGGCGUCAAACGUGAGAUGGAAGGACUCGGCAUGAGUUUGGUUUUUCAGAAGUACAAAAUACCAAGGAAGAUUUGGAAUGCUACAGAUGUGUGAAGCGAUUUGUCUUGGUGGGGGACAAGUUUGCUGCAAAGGUUCAUUCGCGCUCCAUUUCUUUGUGUCAGUAUUGGUAUAGAUCUUACGCACGAUGGACGUAUCCUUCUCUUAUGACAUUCCGGGAGCAUAUACUUUCACGUCUUUUCUCUCUCGUAUAGCCUAAUGACAUAUAGGAUGCACGAGGGAAGAGAAGGCUGAGGCAGGAUAGUACUUUGCAUGGAUAAUCGGUGAAAAGCGGUCGGACGCGCUAGGCUUAAAGGUAGCACACACACAGCACUUCAACACCGUCUGAGGUGACCCGGAGAGCUAUCAGGCCUGCCAACGCUGGUCCUUCAUGAAUAACAUCAACAUACUGGAGGACCUCAAGCGGUGUUAAACAAGCGUACACAAGCACAGAUAUAAUGUGUACAUAUAGCUCACGCGCGAAUAAAAAGUCAGGCUACCUUAAAUUCAG